ACGACAUCACAGCUGGUGCCACCUAAGUGAGUUUGGAGUGAAAUGAAAACAAGCAGGCGUGAAAGUUAAAAUGGCAUCAAGAAAAAGCUUUUAGGAAUAAAUAGGUUAAGGAAAAAAACCAAUGUGCACGGAGACGCUGCUUUCUGGCUCUGACGAUAAAUAGACCAUGAAGUACCACAGCUACAUAUGUGUCUUUCUGCUGGGUUUCCACUCUUGUGGAUGUUUUUCACGAGUAUCUGCUACAAACCAAGAGCCAAAGACUCCAGACUGGAGAAUGACUCUAAAAACUAUUCGCAACGGGAUCCACAAGAUUGACACCUACUUGAAUGCAGCGCUGGACUUGUUUGGUGGCGAUGACGGCUUGUGUCACUACAGAUGUAGCGAUGGGUACAAGCCGGUGCCUCGUCCUGGGUACAAAAAUCCACCACCCAAUGGAUGUGGCUCCCCCCUGUUCGGAAUUCAGUUUGAUGUAGGUAUCCCAUCCAUGACCAAAUGUUGUAACCAACAUGACCGCUGCUAUGACACCUGUGGCCGAGAGAAACACGACUGCGACGAGGAGUUCCAGGUCUGUCUGGAGAAAAUCUGCAGGAAUGUGCAGAGGACUCUGGGAUUGGCCCAGACUGUCCAAGCAUGUGAGUCAACUGUGACUCUGCUUUUUGAUGCCGUUAUGCACUUGGGAUGUAAGCCGUACCUGGACAGCCAACGAGCAUCAUGUGUGUGUCAGUAUGAAGUGAAGAAUGAGCUGUGACACCGCGACAGGAACGAGACUGUCGGGCUGACUCGUUCAGAAGCACAACACUAACGGAAGGAUGCUAGAAAUAAACUUUGUCUUUCUUAGAUGUUCUCAGGGAUAGAUCUUCUUGGUUUGCACUAAUCUGUGUCUGUUGCCUCCUUUUUAGUGGAGAGUGGACAAUUAAUAUCUUUCCUAUGAAAUGAUUAUUUAUAUAUUUUUAGUGAUGUUUAAUGUGAUUACUCCCUGAUGGACAGAAACACGAUGUUCAGGGUUUCUGUGGUUUGCCUCUAAACCAACAGUUUGUUUUAUAUUUCUGUAAAGUCUUUAGAACUUCCUCAGAAGUUUACAUUAAAAAAAGACUGUAUGUUCAGUGUGAACACUUCUGAUUGUUCUAUUUUAAUUCAACUGGCAAAAACUGUUUGUUUUUCCCCCUGAAAUUAAUGCACAGUUCAGCUUAUUCUGCACAAUAUACAUUAUAGGAACAUGUGAUAAGUCAGCAAUGUUUGUUUCUAUUGUAUCUGAAGUGCUGAUGGCUGCAGAUGUGACUUGUAGAAACAUCUGUUAAAUUUUCAAUAAAAAUAGCCGUGUUACGUUUUUAUCCAUUUUUCAU